CCUGAGUUAAUCCUUUAUUUUAAUAAUAGAGCUUUUUAAACAUACUUUUCAUGGUAAGACUUACAAUGAACUCUUGAAAUGACCUUAAACAGAACUGAACCACAAACAGUGCUCGCAAACCAAACUGUACAGUGAUUACGAAAAGUGAAAUUACCAGCAAAAAGUGAAAUAAAUUUGAAUAUAAACCUGUAAUGUCAGUGGACAACGUGAUCGGUACAAAAAUGCAAUGGGCCGGUGGAGGGACAGCUGUGAUUGGCUGCCAAAGUGAUACAUUGCAUUCGACUUGGAGCUUCCAUUAGGACCGGUCGCCUCACCAAAAUGUCGGCAGGUAAAUUUGUGAACUACUCGCUUUGAAGUGUUUAUGACUAAUAAAUAGCACCAUUGUAACAUCGUUCAUACUCAUUAAAUGUUAACAGAGUUCAACGACAAGCGACAUAAAUGGAUUGAUUUGUAGUACCGUUGCAAAUUAAUUUAUGGCAAUUGGUUCAUAUUUUACAUUUCCAAUUUAAGAUAUUAUAUUCUGUAUAAUUUACCUACUAUUGUCGGCAGUAGUUUUAUAAAAUAUCAGGAAGGGCUUUCUCUUAGGUCGAUUAACGAAACCCUCCAUCUUAAGAUAAACCCUACAAGACAGAAAAGCAUUGCAAGAUUGAUGACUAUUUACGCUAUGAAAGAGCUGGGAAAACAGAGAGUAAUGUCCUUGAGUUUAUCCCCGCUUGAUAUACAGCGUGUUCAUCUGAGCGUGAAUAAAACUAUGACUCCCUUGGUGAGCCUAAGAAAUUUUAUAAUUGACUUUUGUAGAUGCUUAGUUAAGUAUACAGUUUUAAAUCCACAUCAGUUAUGCAUAGAACCACUACGUAGCGCUUCGUACUCAAUAGCACGGAUUCGUUAGCAAAACUAUUUUAAUUAUCGUAAUUUUUAUGCAAGGUUCUAAAGUAUGUAUAAGUACGACAGCGUAUUUUUGAGGUAGUUUUAAGUACUAUAGAUUUUUUGGUAUCUAUUUAGCUUGUCCUUAUCACGCCAGGCUGCGGAGACCCAUAGUUUGGAGUAGACCCUACUGACGCUACUCUUUCUGACCUUUUAAAUUGCUUUUCUCAGAUCUGUAAUAGUGCCUGAAGGUCAUGCGGGAUCUCCAAUUGUCUAUCACUUAGCCACCACUUCGUGAAUGCUUCCACCUUUAUUCAUUAGCAAAUUAAGACGUAGAAGUAUAAGGACCAGAAUUAACCUUAUUUCUUUUUACAGCAGGCUCAGCAGUGGCUAUGAUAGGUGCGAACCUUCGGUUCGGUUCAGCAGGUGCCACGAACGCUUCAAUGUUGAACAACACGAGGCACUGUCCGCCAGGCGGCGCUGCGAGCGCUGCGGCGCUGCUUGCUCUCUCUGGCCUGGGAAUGUCUGCUAAUUUGGCCCUUAUGACAGUCAUAUUAAGCAAGAAGCAAUUGAGGAGGUGGUCACAUGGUCUCCUGUUUCACCAAGCGAUUGUGGACUGCGCCCGCGCCGCUAUCCUCCUGCCCCUAGGGAUAGCAGUGUUCCGCUGUCAACCCGUCUACAAAUGCUCGUUAGUUGAGACAGCGUUCCUUUUGUUGGUAACGGUUUCAACAGUAAACAUGUUGACGACAGUGCUCAACGACAGUCCGAUUUUUCCCGAGAAUGAGCAGGAACAGGCUGAUUUAUCGGCUCCUCUGCUCAUGGACAGUCCCCAGUGCGUCCUCUUUGGAACAUUCAUGAUAUGGUUCGCAUCCAUCACGAUAAAUCUGGGGCCAACGUUCUUAUCUGGCGCUUUGGCCGCUAGUGCGGGAUCCUACGGGUCCUAUGGACCGGCCCCGUCCUGUCCCCUGGUGCGAGGACCCUUCCGGCAUUACGUGCUCAAUGCCCUCUGGAUUGGUGUCAACGCUGUCUGCGUCGGCCUUACCCUGUUCCACUUAAGGAAACUACACAGGGAUCUCACUAAGGCUAACGUAGAGGCAGUUCGAGUAGCUGGUUUAGUGACUACGCUUGUCAGCAUGGCAGGAGACAACAGGCGCAUGGACUCGCUGCCCAACAGCGUCGGACCCCGGACAAUAGAUGGGACCUUGGCAGAUGGUCAAUGUCGUCCAUCUGGCAGUGCAAACCUCCCUCUCGGUGGGGGUCGUCGGCUCCGUGGGUACUUGGCCCGAGUGGAGCGGGAGGGGGUCCGCCGGGUCCGCAUGUUCCUCGUUAUUACUGCGGCGUACGUCCUUUUCUGGGGUCCACUAUUCAUUAUAACGCUGCUACACCAUCCAGCUUUGACGUCACAUGUGGCUUACGAGCUGUACUUCCAAAUCACGUUGCACAUCUCAUACGUGCACGCGGCAGUGAACCCGCUGCUGUUCAUGGCGCUGCACCGCGCGCUGCGCCGCGCCGCGCUGCAGCUCUGCUGCGGCUGCUGCGUGCACUGGAGCCAGUUCGUGCUCGCGCUCACUGCCGCAGCCCAGUCGCCGUUGGCUCCGUCGUCGUUCUCGCCGGCGGCGGUAUCGCCGGAGCCGCCGCCGGCGCCGCCGCCGCCGCUGGCGCCGCCCGCCCCACCUGCGCCUGCGCCGCUAGUGCCGCCCGCGCCACACACGAUGAUGGUAAUUACCUCUUAUAUGUAAGUGUUGACACCGUAAUACGUGAUUUAAAUCACUUGCACUGACAACCCUGUAGGCAAAAUGUAGGCAACCCUGUAGUUCAAAGGAGUCUGUGCAUGAGAGAUGUUGGUUGUCACUGGCCCAAUCUCGACUGCGAAUGAUGUUAGUGUCAACUUAGUUAGCCUGUGUAGAAUCCUUUCCACACAUCACAUCACAAUCCAUGGCACAUUUCGAUUGACAAAAACAUGAGAACUAUAAAGCUCGCUGAGCCAGACUGAGUUAUUUCUCCUCGUUUGCGUUCGAGACUGGGCUCCGGAGGAUGACCGGGUUCCGACGCGCAGUUAACAUACAAAUUCCAUGGAUAAGUAUAUAAUAAUUGGUGAAAGUCAACGCGUUAACUCCGCCGGCACUAGCGAG